GAAGAUAUGGAGCUAGAAAUUGGGCGUCUUAUCGCAACUGUAAAUAAAUGCUGAUACCGGGUGGGUCUGCUCGAAAUUCGUCUUAUCAGUUCAAAAUAUAUAUACCUGGAAACAUGUGUUUAUUUGUGUGCAUGCGUCAGUGAAGGAAGAAUUGAUAAAAAUGUGACUCGUUGUCAAAACAAAAAAGUUUCCUCACACAAUGUCUGAAGAAGGAGCACCUCCUAAUAAAGAGAGCGUGGUGAAGAAGUCGGCCUACUCCCAGAAGAAGACAGUAGCCGAGGGGCUGCUAGACGUGGGGCUGUUGGUGGCCAACUCCUCCCAGCUGAAGGCCCUGCUGGACCGAGGCUCCUCCCACAGCUAUUACUACGCCCUCUUGGUGUUGCUGAUCCUGUCAAUCAUUGUCCAGGUAGUGGUGGGGUUCCUCCUCCUGUUCCUGGGGACCACGGAGGGAGAUCUAGAGAAGGACCGCCGCUCCAACCUAAUGAACAAUGUGGUGGUGGCGCUCAUAUUUGGAAUCGUGGUUCUAAAUAUAGUAAUAGGGGUGUUCGGAGUGUCAGUGUGAUUUCUCGGGGAUAUAUACUUGUAGUGUUUAGUAAUUGUGAAAUACUGUAUAUUUUGCACCGAUUGUCUUGCUUGCGCCUUUACAUGUACAUUUUGUUAUUAUAGAUGAAACGAAAUUAGGAAUGCACUAAAAGGUAUUAUUUUGAUCAUUCCUCAAACAUAUCAAUCAUUUAAUUUCUAAAUACAUGUAUAGACAAAGCACUGUAUUGAAAUUCUAUGCUUUGUUCUAAUUGUAUGAUUAUGCAUAAUGGUAAAUGAUUAAAAUCUAAAUAUUUCUA